AUGAACAGCAAAAGGCACAUUCUCAAAGAAAGUUCAGUUCAGAGAGUUCAGAGCGACCCCCAAAGAGAGGAAAAGACCAGUGUCGGCCAUGGGUUGCUUUUCCGUCAGUCCACAGCAGACUGCAGCGGUGAUGAGGUCACUCACCCCAGGAAACUCAACGGUUCCUCUGUGGAUCCACCAAGCUACCAUAACCUGCACCGGGAGCUGCUGCUCAGCCACAAACGGGGCCUACUCCUGGAGGAGAAACCGGAGCUGAAGCGAGUGUUGGAGCAGCGCAGACUGGACCUGCACAAAGAGGAAGAGAUGGCCCGACAGAGGCCUUCAGAUCUGGAGACAGAGCUUCGCAAGAGGCAGCAGAAAUUACAAGAGUAUGAGCAGGAAGAGAUCAGGCGGCGGGAGAGCCAGCAAAAGAUCCCAGAGUUUGUCCGUGUGAAGGACAACUUGAGGCGAACACAGACGUCCGAGCAGUGAGGCCCAAAGGCUCCCAUCAGCCCCUGCAGUAUCUCACCAUAGUGGCCCUAUCUGAAAGUUCACCAUCUGCUGAGUCACACAAAAAACUGACCACAGAAGCACCAACUCAGGACACAUCCCAUAGUUUGUGAUAAACUGCAAUUUUAAAUGUACUAAAAAGGAAACAUGCAAACCACAAAACAAACCAAAAACCGCUUUGAAAUAUGAAAAAUUAAGCUCUGUCACAGCGUCCGAUGAAGGAAUGGCAGACAAUUUUAUAUUUAUUUGUGUGGAUCAAUAUUUGUGAGGGGAAAAUCACUGCUGUUAAGGGAAUGAAUCUCUUUUUUAAAAGCUUUUGUAUUCUUUUUUUUUUUUCAAAUGAACUUCUCCAUCCUCCUAAAUAAAAGGAGCAUAACAUUAUCUUGUUGUUUUAUUAGUUAAGCCUCAUCAUUCCAAUGCUUGACUUUCCAUAAGAUCAAAAUGUGGUUGUUAACAGACACAUUUCUCAACAGAACUGUUUUGUAUCAAUAGAAUUCCC